CCCGGUCAAUUCUACUACAUAAACCCUAACCCUAAUUCAUCCAUCAAUUGAAUCCACCACAACAUGGCGGAGCAUCUAGCCUCAAUCUUCGGCACAGAAAAGGACCGUGUGAAUUGCCCCUUCUACUUCAAGAUCGGAGCUUGCCGUCACGGUGACCGAUGCUCGAGGCUUCACACCAAACCCAGCAUCAGUCCGACUCUCUUGCUCUCAAACAUGUACCAGCGCCCUGAUUCCAUCACCCCUGGUGUUGACCCGCAGGGCCAGCCUCUCGAUCCUCGCAAAAUCCAGGAUCAUUUUGAGGAUUUUUAUGAAGACUUGUUUGAAGAGCUGAGCAAGUACGGAGAGAUUGAAAGCUUGAACAUAUGUGAUAAUUUGGCUGACCACAUGGUGGGGAAUGUGUAUGUCCAGUUUAGAGAAGAAGAACAUGCUGCAAGUGCUCUUCAGAAUCUGACUGGAAGGUUUUAUGCAGGUCGCCCCAUCAUUGUGGACUUCUCUCCAGUGACUGAUUUCCGUGAAGCUACAUGUAGGCAGUAUGAAGAAAACGUAUGCAAUCGUGGUGGUUACUGCAACUUCAUGCAUUUAAAAAAGAUUGGCAGAGAGUUGAGGAGGCAAUUAUUUGGGAGAAGUCGAAGGAGGAGAAGUCGAAGCAGGAGCCAUAGUCCUCAGAGGCACCGUGGUUACGACGAGCGUGGCGGUCGUGGUUCAGGAAGAAGAGGUGAUUACGAUCAUCACGACAGUGACAGAGACAGGGGCAGUAGGAGGCCCAGAAGCAGCAGGAGUCCACCUCGAAGAGGGGGACGCAGCAGAAGUCCAGGUGCAAAGAGAAACCGAAGCCCAGUUAGGGAAGGAAGUGCUGAGAGGAGGGCAAAGAUCGAGCAAUGGAACCGAGAAAGGGAGCAAGCCGACUCCCGCCCGAAAGCCGCCAAUGAUGAAAAUAACGAUGGGCCUGCUGCUGCUGCUUCGCCAAAUGGAGAUCAGUAUUAUGACCCUCGCCAGCAACGUGAUGAAGGAGGCUAUGAUAACUGAUCAAAGCCGCAUCUUCCGGAGUACAGGGUACAGGGGAUCACUAGCUGCAUACCGUCUGAUUGCAUAAGCCUUAGGGUUAACUGCUUUAAAAAAGUGACUAACUUUGGUCAAAACUUUAAUUUCAAAACCCCGUUCAGUCGCUCUAAAUUGCAUUUUAGUCCUUGUCAUACAGCAAGCAACCCUGCUUGAGGAAUAAAUUUUAUAGAAUCCCACAAUAAACAAAUUCGGCGUUUAAGAUGAGAAAAAACUAAUCAAAUUUGCAAUUUUUGUGGUAUUUUUAAUUUUUUAUUAGGUCGAAGUUUUUGUUUUUGCAAGGAUAGGUUGCCCCAGUGUUUUUGCAGGCCUGACUUUUCCAGAUUAUAUAUACAUAAAGUUUCAUAAAUAUCAGAUGGGAGGAGUUGCAAUUCAUUGGUACAAAAGUUUAAUUAAAUGUAUAUAAAGAAAGAGACGCGAUCUUACGUAGUUUACUAGUUUUGCAGGUUCAGGUAUCCCUGCAUCAAGGAUCCGGCCUUAUUUAUCACAGCUUACAGUUGUUAUCUUUGUAUACAGGUUGACUUGAUACAUCUUCAGGGGCAGAUAACAAAUGUUUGCGUGGGGAAGAAAAAAUACAAAGUUUAUGUGGCUUUUCUCUUUUCAUGUACCUUGAACUGCUGUUAAACUUAAAGAUGGUAUUCUGUUUUCUUGGAAUAUUAGUUUCUCUUCUUUGCGUUUUUGUUCACGUUGUAUGGCUGUUGAGAUAUUUACCAACUCUUUUGGCUCUGUUUUUGGUCGGGUUGUAUGUGGAUGCUGCAUCACCUGGUUUGAUUGGUUAAAAACUAAAAUGCGUGCGAUUUUAUUA